GCUCAACAUCUCGAUUCCACGACAACGCGUCGAUAAACCCAAUUCUUGGCUUAACCUUUUUCGUCGUUAGAGCAAGAAUUUAAGGUUCCGGGACUUUCCUGGGUUUUGCAUUUUAGACGUUAAAGAUUGUUAAUUCAGUAGUUUCGAGUUGAUUUACAUUAAUGGCAUUUACAAAGAGUAGAUCAAAAUGAAAGGAUAAAUCCCAUUCAUUGACUACAAGAUUCUUGAGAAGCAGAUGGGUUCUGGGGAAGGGAAUCCUCAUUUCAGUGUCUUUGAUGGAGUGAAGACUUUCCCAUUAACACCUGAGGCUCUCAUGGCUGAAAUCAACACUGCAAUCACUAAUCUCGAAUAUGAACGUGCUACAGCACUCCUUGACUCCCCAUCUUCAUCCUCGUCGAGAAACAAGGGUCAGGAUUCGCCCAAGUAUGAUGCCCGGUUGGCUGAUGAGGCUUAUAAAGCUGGUUGUGCUGCAUUGGCGGCCGGCAAGCUAGAUGAAGCUUUUCAUUGUUUGAAUGUUUCACUCUCCAAAUGCCCACCUGAGAGAGCCUCUGCUGUUGCCAAGCUUCAGUCUCUUUUAUCUCUCACUUCUCAGCAACUCCACAAAUCUACCGUUUCAAACUAGCCCCCAUUUUUGUAUGGUAUUUGUUUCGUAAUUUUUAAUUGUUUCAAUCAAAUUUUGGUUAAAAGAUUGCACCAUGUUGCCUUUUUGAGAGGCUUUUGCAAUUGUGUAACCAUGUAUGACGUUGGUAAA